AUGCCGACCGUCUCUUUUGUGAGAGAGUGCAGCACGAGGUAUGGUAAAGCGAACGACAUUCGGUUCCAUAAGUUACCGUACGACCCCCAGCGAAGAUCGGCCUGGCUUCGAGCCAUUGACCGCGAUGGCCCGGACGACAUCGGUAGGUGCAAGGGCUACCUGUGUUCUCAUCACUUUUUAACUGGGGAAUACGAUAUGAACAUCGAAGUGCGGCGAAGCCUUGGCCUGGACACGAAACGGGCGCGUCUCAAGCCAGAUGCCGUGCCCACGCAACAUCUCUGGUUCGACGCACCGCCAAGAAAACGAACGUCUGAGGAUCACAACGGCUCACUGAACGUCGUUGACAUGAUCGUCGAAGAAGGACCGAUUCCAUGUCGAACAGUAGACGGCUGGACACAAACGACCAGAAACGCCGUCACAGCUCUCUGCCAGACUGACGGGGGAGACGUCCAAGCACAGUGUAAGGUUGUCAUUUAUAGUCUCGUGCAACGAUUUCCUUUAAGGUGGAUGCACUAG